AGCUGUACAACAGCCUCAUGCCCGUUCCGCGCAGCCCACGACAACGGUGUCCGUCCUUCCCAAUCCCCCUCGAUGGUGUUGGCGCCAUUUUUAAGGAGGAGCUGCACGACAGCCUCGUGCCCGUUCCGCGCGGCCCACGACAACGGUGUCCGUCCAGCGUCGUCCUUCGAGUCGGCUUCAAGCUUGUGGAAACCCAAAACCAGCUUAAGUAUCGCCUCAUGCCCUCCCGCUGCAGCCAAGUGCAAUACCGAUAAACCCUUCUCCGACUGCACAGUGACGUCG